AUGGGGGCGAUGGGAGACGGCACUAUGCAUGAUGGGCUGGUAAUCAACACAAUAGCGGCCAAUCUCUCCUCCAUAGUCUAUUUCCCCCACAGUGUGUAUGUGGUAAAGGACGGCCUAAAGGUCCCCGUGGGCAGCUGUAUUGUUGGCCAAGCCUGGCCAUAA